UCGAUAGAAAAAAAAUGACCGCUUAUAAACGGCGUUUGCUCACAGAAGAAUAAACAAAAAGGCAAAACGAGCGAAAAAGUUAAACCCCCAAAAUCGCAACCACCAUGACCACCGUAACGGAAGGCGCGAAGGCUGUCACGCCGAGGUGUAAGAAUAGCGGAAGGCUGCGUGUGAUGUGUAGGUACGGCGGAAGUAUACUCUCGCUCCCGCAGACGAAAUCGCCGCGCUACGUCGGCGGAGACACUCGGAUCGUCGCCGUCCCUCCCUCCGCGGAGACGAGCGUCGCAUCGCUCGUCAGCCACCUCGUGGUCACGCUCGGAAUCUCUUACGAUUUCAAGGUCAAGUAUCAGUUGCCCGAUCAGGAGCUGGACUCGCUCAUCUCCGUCGAGACGGACGAGGAUGUUCAGAUCAUGAUGGAGGAGCACGGAUACCUCACGUGCGAGUCCUCGAUCCCGAAGACGCGCGUUCGGCUGUUUCUCUUCCCUUCGAAAACUCAAGGCGGCGCGAGUCGGGGAGAUCCGGCUCAGUGUAAAGCUGGGGAGGCGGCGGCGGGGGAUGUUGAUUGGCUUGGGAUAGGGGAGUCGAAUCCUACUCGCGAUGAGUUGACUCAGCCCGUGCUUCAGCACCCGAAGACUGAUACGUGGUUCGUAGAUGCGUUAAAAGGGGUGGAGAUGAUGCAGACUGGGGGGAAUAAUAGCGGGAGUAGCGCCGGGAGCGGUGGGAUUUGCGGACAGGAGUCGAUGAUGCUCGAGACUAAUUCGUCGUUUGGCUCGACGUCGUCCUCUGUUUCUUCGAGCAAAUUGCCUCCGAUGAAGAGCACCGGCGAGGACAAUACGUCGAAUUCUCAGGUCAAGUUUGCGCCCAUAGAAUCACUGACAAGCGGCAAUACUGCAGUCACACCAAUAUCUUUUCAAGAGCUACCGACAAGCCCUCAUGUUUUGGAGACCAAAUUAUCUCCAAACACGUACGAGCCUGACCUAAACAAACCAGUUCCAGUUUCGGGGUAUCCACAAUUUCUGAACCAAGCUCAACAACAACAACAACCUAUCUACGUGGUUUACACUGGACAGCCGCCUUACAUGACCGGAAACUCACCUAUGGCAUUGCCUGCGUACCAGCACAUGAACCAGAUACAUUAUCAGCUCCAGCCUCAGCCAUACCCAGUCUAUUAUCCAGUUGAGCAGUAUAAUUCGAGGUAUGUUCAAGCUCCGCCUGUGAGACACAACACCGCUCUAAACACCCACCAUGUUGAAUCCCCAGUGGCUCGCACCAGCAGCCCUCUAGCUCCAGAGUUUUCCUCGCAGGUUUACCUUACACCCAAACCCGAUUCAUCGGUGCAAACAUCAAGUGAAGCUGGUGUUAGUACUACAUGCAAAGAUGAUUUCAUCUACAACACUGACCUCGAUGACGAUACAGCUCGUGCUCAGCUUUACAAAUCACAGCCACCCGCUCCAAUAGUAUCGUCUGAGUUACAAACAAUGAUGCUGACUGAAGCUCUGGGUCAGCUAAACACCCACAAAGGUUUAUAAGACUUGAGAGCAUUAAAAUCGGUUUUCAUGCUGCUGAGGUUCGUUUCAGGUAUUUGGUUUUUACAGUUUUGUUUUCGUUUUCGUUUUCUUACACAUAUAUAUAUAUACAUACGUCUGCUUUUCUUGUCUCCUUGGUGAUCCUUGUCCCACUUCUUUCACACACUUGGUUGCUGUAAUACAAUGAUGAUCCUAUUUUAUUUCCUUUAUGAAGUUUACAGGUUACAUUUUAUAAAGAAAUAUGUUAGCAUAUGAUUUACUUUUUU